UCAAUCUUUAUACUCACUUCACUUACAAUCUUUCAUCAACAAAUCCAAAAAAAAAAACAUAGUUCUCCUAAAAUAUCAUCAAAACAAAAAUAUGGGGUUCACUAGUUAUGCAGAAAUAUCUCAAUCUCUUCACCGUACUCGAAAAUUCUUCCUUUUAGUUAACUACAUUCUUCUUGGUGCAUCUUCUAGCUGCAUUUUCUUGACUCUUUCUCUUCGCCUUAUUCCAUCGCUUAGCGGCUUUUUCCUCAUCCUCCUCCACAUUCUCACCAUUGGUGGCGCGGUUUUUGGUUGCUCCGCGGUAUCCACUUCAUCAAAUAUUGGAAAAUGGUAUGGACCACACAUGGUUGCAACUGUUUUAACUGCCAUUUUGCAAGGUUCUGUUUUCGUGCUGAUUUUUACGCGGACAGGUGAUUUUCUUGGGAAGUUGAAGAGUUAUGUUAGGGAGGAAGAUGGUGAAAUGAUAUUGAGAUUGGCUGGUGGAUUGUGUGCAUUGAUAUUUUGUCUUGAAUGGGUUGUGCUUACACUUGCUUUUUUCUUGAAAUAUUAUUCUUAUGUUGAAGGUGAUGGUAAUGCUGUUGGUGGAUCAAUUUCUAUGAAGAGAAGUGCUAAAGUUCAAGAUGAAGAAGAUAUGAAGAAUUGGCCAUGGCCAUUCCAAGUCUAAGUAGUAUAUAAUUGGUCUUUUCUUGGAUAUGUUUUGGGGGUGUGGGGAUGGGGCUGGGGGGGUAAAGCUAUAUAUAUCAUAGCUUCAAUGAUUUGUUCAUUCAUUUGUUAAUCUUGGGUUUGUUCUUAUGUUUUGAUUGGGGUGUGGGAGUAGUGUGAGUUGUGUGUCCUUAUUGUGGUUCAUCAUAUAUACUAUAUUCUGUAUGAGGAAAUUGAAAAUGCAAUGUGUUUUGCUACUA